AAAGGUGGAAAAGGCAUGGUUCUCACUUUACACCAACCAAUAACGAAUCGUUGACUAAAAUUUGACCCCAUAGACUCAACAGCGUAACACUCAUUCAUCUGCUUUCUAUUUUUUUUCCUAGGGUUCUACUCCAUUGCCCUGCUGAUCGCUGCCAUCAUCAUCUCUCUCUCUCUCUCAUAUUUGAUCACACCAAUCCUCCAAAAUGAGUCGGCAUCCGGAGGUUCUUUGGGCUCAGCGCUCCGACAAGGUUUACCUGACGGUGGCUCUGCCGGACGCUAAAGAUAUCAAUGUCAAGUGUGAGCCUCCGGGUUUGUUCAGUUUCUCUGCUUUGGGUGCCCAUGGCGAGCCCUUUGACUUCAGUUUGACACUAUACGGUCCAAUAGUCCCCGAGAGUUGUAAAACUAAAGUGGGGUUAAGGAAUAUACUAUGCUUCAUCCAGAAAAAGCAGAAAGGAUGGUGGAAACGACUCUUGGAGACGGAAGAAAAACCCGCACCUUAUCUUAAGGUUGAUUGGAACAGGUGGUGUGAUGAGGACGAGGAAGAGUCAACUUCUGACUUGGCGUCCGAAGAUGAUGAUGAUGCUAUGUAUGGCAGUCAAGAGGCAGGAAGCAGUGAUGAUGAAGGAAUGCUUUAUCUCCCUGACUUGGAAAAAGCAAGAGGAAACUAGCAAUAUGGGAAUACUAACAAAAAUAUGGGAUUUGUAUAUAUCCAACUACGUUUUUGCUUUGGUUUUGUGGCAAUGCUUUGUUGCAUCAAAAGACCUGUGAAAUUAUUAAUGUCAUUUGUUCUACUUAGUUUGUUUGUUGCUUAGGUGUAGUUUUGAUCUAGUGGGUUAUGUCCCCAUCCUACAGCGCGUGAUAUUGACGUGAUAUUAUACUAAGUGCGGUAGAAAGGGAAAAAAUAUAAUUUUUUUUGGAUCUUAAUUGGAAAAUGUUAAAAUCUUAAAGGAAGCUAAUUCUGCAAAUUAGUUUUACAAAUUUACUUUCUUAUAAAUUAGUUUCUUAGAAUUUAUUAUUUUAGUGUUUGGCUAGUAAUGAAAAAAUUAGGAUAUACAAAUAUUUAAAUUAAUUUUAUUUAUCAAGAAAAAAAAGGUAAUUAAAUUAAUUUGUAUUUUAAAAUUGAAUAUAAUUUUUGUAUAAUUUUUCAUAUCAAGUAAGUGUUCACGGAAUUUGAGAAUGAUAUUUAUUUUUUGUAGGAACAGCUUUCUACCCUGGGAAUUUGAUUUUUAUGGUUUAUGUUUUCUCACUCAAACGUGUUCAAAUACUGCUUAAAAAAAAAAAAAAAAAAAACUGUUCAAAUACUAAAAACAGAGAAUUGUAAAUUCACGUAAACUUUCAUACAUUCCAAAUGGGCUUUAAAAGAAAUAGAACUUGUCAGAGGGGAAUAGAAUUUGUCAUAGGGAAUUUGACCCAAUGCCCUUCUUUUAAAGCUUCUAAUAAAAUAUACCUCUCAUUUCUUAGUUUUUUUUUUUAAUCUGCCCUCUGCUUUCCAUUUUAUCCCCAAUGAAAGUAAAAAAUUACUCUAUUUUUCUUUCUUCAUUCCUUCAGUCCGAGAAACCCAGAAUCUUUAGUUUCUGCACUUUGUUUUUUUAUUUUUCUUCAUCCCCCAGAAAACCCACACACAAUCUCAUUAAGAAAAAAAAAAAAAAAAUCCAUACUCCAUCUCCCUGCAUCUCUUACUUCUUCUCUUGCAAACAUAUGAAAGACUAAGGAAAAAUUGCGUUUGAGGUGAGCGGUAGUUGUGCAGAGGAGCUUUACUUGGAAAGUUUGCAGCAUCAAAUAGAAAGUGAUCUUAUGCCAAGUGCCCGAUGUGACCAAAGUGAUUCUUAUGUUUUCAGACAAGGUUGGAAUUUCUUAGGCUUGGCUGGUGGAACAUUAUUAAUUUUCAAGUUGAUUACAAAUAUGCAGUUGGGGAUAGGAUAGUUCCUGAGGACUUGAAAGAGAGCAUUUAAAUUCUCAAGAUGUGGCAAGGGAUUGGAAUGAGCUAGGGGUGACAAACUGUGGACAUGAGACAAAACUCCUUAGUGGAUCAGUCUAUCGAGGCGGAUUGCCCAAGGAAUUAUAUGUGGUGAAAGAUGUAUUAACUGGAAUGAGAAAACAUGUUCAUCUGCUGGACAUAACAACUCUAUCACAACUCAGAAAAGAUGCACAUCCUGGCUUUUAUAAUGGCUUUAGGCGCAUGGACUGUAACCAUUGGUGUAUUGUUGGACUUCUAGAUACUUGGAAUCAAAUUUUUAUGCAUUUCUCAUAAUUGUUAUGCUUGUUCUGGUAUUUUUAGUUUAUAAAAAUGAUCAUACGGUUGCUUA